ACAUGGUGCAUGUUCGAAUCGUCUGAAAAAUGAACGUAAAGAGAAAUCAGUUAAAGAGCAAUGAAAACGCGACAAUGGAAUCGGCACACUGUCCAAAAUGUGCAACUUCCUUUCAGUUUGUCAGAAAACCGAAUCCUUUAGUGGUACACUCUGGUAAACCAGUGACCGAGAGAAUUGCAAGACCGCUUGACUGCGGCUAUGUAAUGCAGAUUGUUUCAAUUGGUGUUCGAUCGGACAACGUUUAUGAGGCACGAAUGCUGCUGUCGCCGGAGGUGGAUAUGUCUUCCAUCAAAAUAACCGUAAAAGGAAAUAAUCUGCGGGUAAACGUGUGCAGGCCAUUUAACGAUCAGUUCACUAGUCAUUUGCCAGGGAUCAUCGAUAAAUCGAACGCUGGUGAUAUCAUUAAAAAGAUAAUGAAGCACUGCGAGAACUUGCUUAUACCGGAUGAUAUCGAUAGCGCGAAAGUUCGUGCGGUGGUGGACAAUAAGAACAGAAUGCUCGUGCUUACGGCACCUGCAAUGAAACCUAGUAAAAUGAGAAAGAAAUAUAUUGAGAAAAGUUGAAAUGUUGCUUUUUUUAAUCAUGGUUCUUACAUGAAGCCAUUUAGCAGUCGAAGUUUUCAAACUCGAUAGAACAAAAGAUGAUCGUGCGAAGCUGGUUCCGAAUAAGUUCAUCCAGUUGACUCGUGAAAAAAUGAUUCCUGACAGGAGACUCCAAUAUUUUCGUUUAGACUGAUCACUAUGGAUAAGCUACCGCCUCACUGCCAAGAAAACGCAAUCACCUUAAAGCAAAAUGAUUACAUGAAUUUUGAAAUGAUGUCCAAUGGAAUUAAGGCGAGCUUGAAAUUUGACAGGGUUCCUAAUUUCUACACCAUCGAAAAUAAAGAACUUUACGCUGCACGUACUUCACGAUUUAGUAAAAUUUCAUGAAAUUCAGUGGCAUUUGGAAAAGUUUGGUAACAAUAGGAUUAACGUGUACUUGCAGGCGGAGAUCAAGAUCGAAGGAUUGAAAGUAGGAACUGCCACUUUAGUAACUGAAAAUAUGUUGAAUAUAAAAUUGCAUAGCGCAGAGGAUUGGUCGCACAUAAGGAACCUUAACUUUUUAAUACCGUCCGAAGCAAACGCGAAGAAAGUCUCGAUUGAAAUUUUUAAUGAUACAAUUUUUAUGCGGGCACCGCUUAAAAAGAAACAUACAUAACGUUAUGUAUUCUUAUUAUUACAAAUUAUUAAUAUCAUAUCGAAGGUAGGAAAUAUAGUUUAAAGAUCAAUUACAAAACUAUCAUCCUCUGUUGUCUUCCCAUAUUUAUUCAAAACAAAUAAACGUCAUGGGUCAACAACGAA